GAAUCCGAAUUAAAUGUUCAACAACGUAUUGGUGGAGAUUCACCAUUAUCACCUCAAGGAAAAGCGUAUGGUGAUGCACUUGCAGAUUAUAUGGAUGCUGAAAAUAUUCCGGAUUUGAUUGUUUGGACAAGUCAAAUGCAAAGAACUAUUCAAACAGCUUCAAAAAUCGAUGCACCAAAAGAACAAUGGAAAGCUUUGAAUGAAAUAAAUGCGGGUAUAUGUGAAGGUUUGACUUAUUUUGAAAUAGGUGAACGUUAUCCAGAUGAAUUUUCUGCUCGUGAUCAAGGAAAAUAUUAUUAUCGUUAUCCUGGUGGAGAGUCAUAUCAAGAUCUUGUUGCUCGUCUUGAACCAGUUAUAAUGGAAUUAGAACGAGCUGAAAAUGUUCUUGUAGUUUGUCAUCAAGCUGUUGCACGUUGUAUACUUGCUUAUUUUCUUAACAAAGAUGCUGAGGAUCUUCCAUAUACAAAAGUACCAUUACAUACAGUAAUUAAAUUAACACCAAUGGCUUAUGGAUGUUUAAUGGAAUGUAUACCUUUAAAUAUUGAUGCUGUAAAUACACAUCGUGAGAAACCUAAAAAUUGUCGACCUGACCGAACACUUUCAGAAGCAUUGAAUGAAUUUCUUGAAGAGCCAGCUGAUACAAUCAAAGUUCGAACUAAAAGCGAAAUUGUGUAUAGAAGUGGUGGAACAAAAAUUGAAACUGUUGAUGCUGAUGGAAAUCGUGUUGAAGAUUAUGCUGGUGGUGCAAAUAGUGAUCCAAGCUUUAUAUAA